AUGAUAGCAGAUACUGCCUCUGAGAAUGCUGAGCUUAAAACUGAAGUAGUAAAAUUAAGAUGUGAUUUCGAGAAAAUCAAGUCAAAGGGAAUAACCACUGAUUCUCUGGAGCAAUUACCAAUUUCCUCAUCAGCCAAAAAUGAGACA